AUCGUUCGUUCAAUUAAGAAUGGAGAUGUAACUCAACGAGUGUUGAAUGUUGAUGAAGUUGAUCAACUGCUGAAAGAAGUCGAGGAAGAGCGUGCGGCUGCUGAAGCUGAAGAAGCCGCUCAGAAGAAGAAGUAA